AUGAGUGCGUUCUGUCAAGAGCAAAACAUCGACAUGUUCAAAGAAGGCAUUUCUGUCCCUGGUCUCACCCUCAAGUACUUCUUCUCAUUCCUGGACGAACAAACCUUCUUCAGCCUGUUCAACCAAUCCGAUAGCGAACUGUAUCAUCUAAUCAAAGAUAGCAACACUGGUGGGCCAGGUAUCAUCUUUCACUGCUACCAUGAGGCCGGCAAAACCAAAUGAGGGAAGCAAAGAGAGGUCAGGCAGCUAAGCUGUGUCAAAAAAUCGUGGGGUAUGACACGAAUGCCUUGUAUCUAUGGGCUAUUAUGCAAGACAUGCCCACUGGCAGCUACACACGACGCCUUGCAGAGAAUGAGUUCAAACCAAAGGGGUCCAUUCAGAUGGCGAUUGAAUGGUUAGAGUGGGUGGCGCACCAAGAGAGAAUAUAUAUCAGACAUCAGCUGAACAAUACAGGGAAACAUAUUGGUGGCAGAAGACUUCCCGUCAAUGGAUUUAAUGCCCAGACACAGACGGUCUAUCAGUUUCACGGCUGUUUCUGGCACCGUCACGAUUGUGCCCUUAAUCAGGGAAAAGAAGUUAAUGAGAAACACAAGAAACCGAUGGUAGAACUGCUGGAAGAAACCAGAGCCAACAACGAGUAUAUUUGCAGCAAAGGCUACCGUGUCGUGGAGAUGUAAGAGUUUGAAUGGCGCCAGAUUAAGAGAACCAACCAAGAAAUGCAGCGAUUCAUUGCCCCUGAAGUGAGGAGAACCUUGGAUACGAUCAACAUUAUGAGCCCGGAUUGAAUUUUGAGCGAGGUGCAAAAUGAGUGUUUGUUUGGGUGUGUGGAAGUGGAUAUUCAUGUACCUGACCAUGUCAAAGAGAAAUUUAGUGAAAUGUGCCUGAUCUUUAAAAAAAAUCUAUAUCAGCUGUGAUGAUAUUGGAGACUUCAUGAAAGCUUAUGCAGAAGAACAUGACAUCAUGACCCAACCUCGACAAAGCUUGAUUUGUAAUUUAAAAGGUGACAAGAUCCUGCUGGCCACACCCCUCCUCAAGUGGUACCUGGAACAUGAUUUAGAGGUCACCAAAGUGCACCAAGUGGUUAAAUCCUGUUUUCAACCCUUUGGAGACGCAGUGUCCGACGCAAGGAGAGCUGGGGAUGCUGAUCCUAGGAAGGCCAUCAUCACGGACACCAUGAAAUCGGUAAGUUUUCGCUUCAUUUUUUCAUCCAUAAAGGGGUGGGAACAAUAUACAUUUUCACAAAUAGUAGAAACUUGUAAAAUCUGUUUUAUCUCUCAUGGUGGGAAUUCUGGUUACGGCAAGACAAUCAUCAACCAGCUGAAGCACAGGAAUGUAGAAUAUUGCUCUGAUGCUGAAGCUAGCAGGAAAGUCAACACACCUCUGUUCGGAAAGCUUGAGAAUAUUACCAACGACACUUAUGAAGUAGAGUCCUGUAAGAAGACAAUUAAGUUAGAUUUACCGAUUCAAGUUGCCUUUUUCGUUUAUCAGUAUGCCAAGUUACGCAUGUUACAAUUUUAUUACGAUUUUUUAGAUGAGUAUCUGGAUCGUGCAGAUUUUCAGUUGUGCGAAAUGGACACAGACAGUGCAUAUAUCGCUAUUUCAGGGGAAAGUGUGGAAAGUCUAGUCAAACCAGAACUUAGGGCUGAAUUUGACCAAGAUUAA